UAGAGAGACGCAUGAAUAAUUUGCUAUUGUAUUAUAAAAUCUUUUUUGUUUUUAUUUUUUCCCUAACAUUUUGAGGAACCCUUUGCAGUCGGUGGAGUAGAGAGAGAUAAAAUCCAGAAAACCCAAUUUCCCUCGCACCUUUUACGGGUAUCUAAAGGUCGUAAACCCAGGAGUGAUCCCCAAAUAUGGAGUCUGCUGCAAAAAAAGGCAAUGAAGAUAAGGAGAUGGCAACAAAGACUUAUGCUACCUUUUUCAUAGUGGCUGCGCUUCUAGCUACCACAACCUUGUAUGCAGGUUUCGCCAUGCUCCGCCAUGUACAGAGUGACUAUGGUCCUGCAAUUCUAACAAGAAAGGCAGCUUUCAUCACGUUUGUUGUAGCAUAUGCAAUAACUCUGAUUUCGUCGAUUUUUUCUUCCUUCGUUGCCUUUCUUUGCUGGAUGAACCUAAAGAGGAAUGGAGCUUUGAAAAAGUCACAGAAGAUGGUUAUGUUGUAUUACUCGGCUACCAAGUUGGCCCUGAUUGCAAUGCUUCUUGUCCACAUUUCCAGCACCUAUGUAUUGUACGGUAUCAAACUUCUAGGAGUGGUCGAAAUGGUAGCAUUUUACUUUUUCUGUUGCUUUGCUAUCACGUUGACAUGAGGUUUAUUUCAAACCGCGCAUAUCAAUUGCAAACAGAUCGGAGGUUAGAAAUUUGAAGUACUGCAGAAAUUUGCAGAAAUAUAGGAAGAGCAUCAAACAGUUGAGACAUUGACUACAUUAUCUUUUUGCAUUACUGGUAGACUGUAGUGGUCUGACAUCUGAAUAAUGUGAUGUGUUCACCUUUGUUAGCACAGUAACCAGCAGGUAAACUCAACCUGUCAAUACCUCUACAUUUCCCUUAUAUAUACAAUGUGAAGUAUUAUCUUA